AAGAGCAAGCAUCACCGAGCAGAGAGACACUGUGACGAGAAAAAACACUGAAGCCUUUAAAGCAGAAGAUCAUGCCAAUCAGACGGAAACGUGUCCCGAAGAGCAAAAGCCAGGACCCUUUACUCAGCAAUAACGACGAUUUACCAGAUGACUCUGAGUGUAACAGUCAUCUGAACAACAAUGUGAAGAAUAUCCACAUUGCUGAGCUGGAACAGCGCUCUCAGAUGGACGUGAACACCAUCUUUCAGGAUCUGAUUCAUCCUCCAGAUGAUCCUCAUUCUGGUUCCUCAGAGGCAGGAACAAUUAAAGAGAAAUGCAGCACCCACAUGAUGAUGUUCUGGACCAAGAUCAUCACGCAGCCGCCGCAAAACCUCGAGGAGAACCUUCAAGAGCACCUGAGGAAGGUAGAGGAGGACGUGGUCCUCCAUCUGAAGAGGCUCAGACCAUGGAUACAGCCCCAUGGGCUGAUGGGAUACCUGGAGGACUGCUGCCACCGCCGGAUGAUCCAACACCUGCAGAGCCUGAUCCGGAGAGUCAGCUCCUGCAGGAGCGGCUUCAAGCUGCUGUACUGGGCUCGUCACUCGUAUCUCAGCAUUGAGGAGUUUUCCAACCAUGACGACCAGAAGAUCGACGGAUGGGACGAAUGGGAGAGCACAGCGAAAGACAUACUGAUUCAAACUGUGCAGGAAGAACUCCAAGGUCACCUUGACAAAAUCCUGCGGGAUCAUAAACUUCAGGAAACCUGCGACAACGAGGAGUCUUAUAUUGGACUUGAUAUGGACGUCAUCCAGAGCACUAAUGCCAAGUUUGAAAAAGCCAAAACGAUCGACCAAGAACUGAGUGAUAGAGUUCUUCAGGUUUGUUCUCAGGAGCUUCUGGCGUUUGCUAAAAGGUACAUCACGUGGCAGAGAGAGUUUUUAAAGAAACAACCAGAGACCGUUCACUUCCUCAAGACUCUGAGAACAUGUAGAGGAAUCAGGACAUACGUCCAGGAUCGACAGAUGGAGGAGAAAACGGUGGAGCUGCUGACUGAGAUGGAGACUUCCACCAAAAAGCUGCUCAUUGUAGUUGUCAUUGAUGAAGUGGAGGAAAACAUCAAAGAAUACUUCAAAUCAAACAACAGACGGAAUUUCCCCUUCAGGCCUUUGGAGAAGCAUUUUCCUCAACUGGAUUUUGCUGCAGCUGAACACAAGGCAGUGAUGGGGGACAUUUACAAGGACGUCGCUCACGUCUACUUCAAACAUCUCAUCGGAACCAGCAUGAGGAAGCUGAGGAAGAAGUGGAGUGAGGACAUCGGGACAACAGUCCAUCAGGACGCUGUGGAGCUUCACAACAUCAUUUCAAAUCGGGUGGAAGAUGUCCAACCACACAACAACCUGCUGCUGAAGAUCAAAGAAGUGUUGACCUGCUCCGACGUGGAGGGGAUGAAGGUCACCAUGGCGUUCAUAGAGCACGAGUGUGACGGACAGAGUAAAGGCCUGCUUCCUGGCCUCCUGCUGUGGAGAGGUUAUCCUCGCAGGGAUGUCAUGAGGGUGAUGGAGGCGCUUCCUUCCCCUCUGCCCAUGCCCAGCAGUCGACUCUGGCCGUUUCAGUCCUGCUGGUACUGCCGCUGUUGAAGCUGCUGCACUUGAUCGAAACCACAGAAAACUUUAAAUAUCUUUAAAAGAACCCAAUGUUCUCUCUGAAAGUUUUACUCUUUGCAAGGUGGGUGGGACUGAACAGUUGCGGGCUGGGUUUGGCCCACGUACUUUAUGUUUGACACUCCUGUUGUAGUCUGAUCCGAUCAGAGUCCAUGUAAACGGUACAUCAGAUUUCUUCCCACUGUCGUAGUUUUGGCAGCAGGCCUGUUAUGUAGCUUCACGUAAAGCACGACUGGUGGAUGCGGGAAACAAAGCUGCUCUGAAAACAGAUUAUUCUCUUCCUGAACAAGCAGAAUGUUUUUAUUUAUUCUAUUUCUAAUGAAAUAACCUUGAUGAGUCAGGCUUGGUACUUUAUGCUGGACAAGAGCAUCUAUACAAAGCAUUAUGGGUACGUCUAAAUCUGUACGGGAUGAUCUGAUCAUGAAGGCUGAAACAAUCAGAUUGACAGAACGUGGAAAUGUAGACACAGCUAGUUGUCUAAAUUCCUAUGAAAUCCAGUUUUCACUUCAUUAAUGACAGGACAGAAGAAUUCACCUCCAAUCUUUUACUUUUAAACUAUCAGAUUUAGGUUGAGAGAUGUGCCCUCAUGACGCCAGACACUGCUGUAUGUUUGAGAGAAAAAAAAACUUUUUAUAAUCAAAACAAGAAUCCAAAAACCAAAAGUCUCCAGUUCAAGGGAGUUAAAUUCACAAAAAAGACACAGAAGCUUCAACACAUGAGAGCAGAAUCACAUGAAAACAGCCUGAGUGAGGCUCAGAAACACUGACGGACCAAAGCCGGAGCAGACGGGAACGGCCCACUUUAUACCCCAGACACCAGGUGACGACAAUCACACACUCAGGAACAGGUGAAAGGCAUCAGGGCAGCGAUCAGACACCAGGAGGGGACGCAAAAUGUGUUCUUACAUAUUCCCAGGUUUACCUAAUCGUUCCAUGAUUUUUCUUCAUGCUGUGAAUUAAUUUUGUUGAAAAAACAUUUUCUUGUCUGUUGUUCUGUCAACAGAAAUCAGCACACACUGCAGGUGAUUUCUCUUUUUUAGUUCUCUUUAUCAGCGGCAGCAAAAUGAGAAUCCAGGUUUUAAUCAAAGACCUUGAUUCAUGUCACACUGCAGUAAAAAGUCCAAAAGAAGGAAACGUGGUUCACUGCGUCUUUUCUUUACCAUUUUUAAAAUUUGAGUUGUUGUUUUUUGUCUUUUGUUUGUUAGAACGUUUGCACUGAUUUAUUCUGUCUCAUCAAUGAGCAACACUGACUAAAAUUAAGAGAAACGUUUAUGCUGUUUAUAAGUUAUUAAGUUAUUUGAGCAUUACUUGAAUUUUCACAGAGAAAUCUGUUUCUUUUUUUCUUUUUUAUCUGAGACGUUUGUGAAUUAAUCCAGACUGUUUGUGUUUUGAUGUGUAAAGCCCGGUGAAUUUUUAAAAUGGUUUUUAACCUUGGCUAUGAGACAUUCCAUUAAACUCAGAUUGUCUUUUCUGUAAACAGUCUGAACUUUUACUCUUUGCCAUUUUAUUUUUAUUUCAUUUUUAAAUUGAGGGGAAGAAGGGCUCAAAGGUUGUACUGUAACCAAGAAACUCAGCACGAUUCAAUAAAACAACAAAAUAUACAUUUUGGUUUGUUUGUUUUGUUGUAAUCCAACUGGAACAGCAGAAAGUCUCCUCUGGGUCUGGUUCUGCAGAUUUCUUCCUGUUCAGGGAGGUUUUCCUGUAGCUGUUUUGUCUGUUCGCGUCUUCAGCACCUCUUGUUGUUUU